UUUCAAACCAAAAAUUCACUAUUAUUUACGUAUCUAUCAAAAACCAAGUUUUAUUGUGAAAGUGUAAGAUAAGAUGCGUAAAGUAAAUUAAAAAGCAUUAUCUUAUCGCAAUCUCGCAGUGUACAAACAGAGCCGAAUUUACAAACGUAAUAAAUUAAAAUUCAAUGAACCAAACGCAAAUUAAAAAAGAUGAAAAGAAAAAGGAUGGCACUAUACAAAAACCGGUACAAAAGAAGAGUCCAGACAAAAAUAUGUCUGAAAUAGACGAACAUAUACUAAAGAGGUUUGAAAUCAAGAAGCGGCUUGGCAAAGGCGCGUAUGGUAUAGUAUGGAAGGCCAUAGACAAAAAAAGUAAGGAUGUGGUUGCGAUUAAGAAGAUUUUCGAUGCGUUUCGUAACCAGACGGAUGCGCAAAGGACUUUUAGAGAAAUUAUAUUUUUACAGUCAUUCAGGAAUCAUCCGAAUAUUGUGAAGCUACACAGUAUACACAGAGCUCUAAACAACCGUGAUAUCUACCUCGGCUUCGAAUACAUGGAGACGGACCUCCACAACGUCAUCAAACGCGGCAACAUACUCAAGGACAUACACAAGCGGUACAUUAUGUACCAGAUGCUAAAGGCCACGAAAUAUAUACACUCUGGGAACGUUAUACAUAGGGACCAGAAACCUAGCAAUGUGCUUAUUGACAGCGCGUGUAGAGUGAAACUAGCAGACUUCGGGCUGGCGCGCUCAGUAUCAAGUCUGUACUCUGGUGGCGAGAGCGCGGACCCCUGCCUGACCGAUUACGUAGCCACGCGGUGGUACAGGGCGCCUGAGAUACUUAUAGCCAGCCGGAAUUACACCAAAGGCAUCGACAUGUGGUCCCUCGGCUGCAUCCUAGGAGAGAUGCUGACAGGACAUCCCCUGUUCCCGGGCACUUCCACUGUAAACCAAGUGGAACGCAUCAUGGCGGCCCUGCCACGACCCUCUCAAGAAGAUAUCGCUUCCAUCUGCAAUGGCUACGGCUCAGCCCUAAUCCGUGAGCAAGCCUCCAGCAACAGCGGACCUACGCUCACAAAUCUUCUGUCCUGCGCUCCUAAAGACGCUGCUGACAUGGUGCAAAGACUGUUGCUGUUCAAUCCUAGCAAGAGACUGAGCGCUGAGAAGGCUUUGGAUCAUGAAUACGUAGCCAAAUUCCACCGUGAGCGAGACGAACCCACGUUACCCUCAGAUGUGCUUCUGCCUCUGCGGGAUGACAAGCAGCUCUCCGUGGAUGACUACAGGAACAAGCUGUACAGCAUCAUGGCUAAGGGCAACCAUGCCGCUGCCAAGAAACACUCAAGCAACAAGACUCAUCCGCUGUCCUCUAACCCAACGAAACCAAGCAAGAGCUGCCACGACACUUCCGAACUCUCCAAAUCUUACCCUACCACCAAAUCCACCCUCAAGCACAGCAUAUCAGCCGACCAGAAGACCAGACCCAAACCCAAGGAGAGGCCUCUCAAAGAGCACCGAUCCGAACAGGCUAUAUCCAGACCUCUGCGGGCCACGAAGUUAUUCGACAGUCAAUCAAGCUGGAUGGAUUCUUCCAACUGCCACGGAGAUUACUUCCAACCAGUAACCAGACAGAGCCCUUCAGAAACAGGCUACUUGAGCGGCGGUAAAAAACCCUCCAUGAUUCAUAGAAGGAAUUCCACCUCCUUCUCCACAGUCACUAUAGGUGGUGAGAUGGACUACGGUUACGGUAAGAGCGUGAACCAACGACACGGGGUCAUAACGGCCAGUGCGUUGAUGGAUUUACGUACAAGCAUACGGUAAGUGAUGGUUUACUUAGAUGAAUUUGGAAGACUUUUUCUGAUAUUUACCUUGUGUAAAUGUUAUUUGAUCAUGCAAGGAUAGGAGAAUUUUGAAAUAUUUUGUUUUUCAUUACCUAAAGUGUAACAUCAACUUUGAUUCGCAUGUCGUGGGCGUUGAAGUGAACGUUUGCUUUUUUCUUAUUUGACGGAAUGUCAACGCACAGUUGUUCUUAGAAGGGAUAGGUGUAUGUAUCAUAGAAUGGGAGGUACGUACAAUAUUUGACAAAAUCACUAUUCAACUGCUGCAUUAUGGUUUUAUGGUUCUCUCUGUAUCAAGUCUCAAAACCUACUGUCCUUAUGAAAUAUCUUUUAUACAUCAAAUAUAAUUUAUGAUAUGCACGACUUGUUUAAUUUUUAUUUAUUGAAUUUAUUACGUUUUAGUAAUGUAUCGAUUUUUUUUUUGUUGUGAUAAUUUCUAGUCAUAAUUUCGUUAUUGAAACUAGAUCAAAGCACUAACUCAGCUCAAUAAGAGAUAAGUACUUAAUUAAAUAAUUAGAUAACUUGUCCAGUAGGUACUUAUACAAAUUAUUGCAAUCUAGUUUUAUAAAUAUAAUCCUAAGAUAUCUAUAAAUGGCACUUAACGGGCAUCGUAUCGAACGUUUAGUGUUUGAAAUUUUUCAUGGCAAAAUAAAUUUUAUCAAUUUGGCAUAAGUGGUUGUGAAAACUACACCUCACCUAAUUUUCUACAGAACGUUAUUAGACAAUUACCCUCCCGACUCUCGACCAAUAAACAUUUCAAGACUAUAUUAUAGACCGAAAAUUCCCAUCGAUGAGCUCAUGCCUUCGCUUCCUAUUAACGUGAGUAGUAGUACCUUGUCACUGCCAAGAGAACCUCCAUUCGUCUAGACUUAUAACCACAAAAUUAAAAUUUUGAAAAAACCCCCGACCGCGACAUAGUGGA